CACUCUUAGUAACCCAGCGUUGUGUUAACUUGUGUGUGUGUUAAAUUUAUGCCGAAGAGGAAUUUUGAAACUAAAAAAUUAAUAAGCAGUAUCAUAUAUCGUGAUUUAGAGAAAAACAAAAGUGUAACGGAACAUUAUAAGGUAGAAAUUUCAGCGGCAGCACUUCACAGUAUGAUUAUUCGAAUUACGGGUGCCAGGCGGCUAGUUACUGAUGUUGCUUAAAGAUCUAGAACACAACCAGCACGAGCAGGCAAUGAAAUUUCUCUCCGCCUGCGAAUAUGAGGAAGCGGCUCCUUGGAGGGUCUUCUUGCUUGUAGCAAUGCUGAUGCGUGUAACAGUUGUUGCCAACAAUACCUUCAGAUUUCCCCAGAAUUUCUCCUUUUCUGCUGCAACUUCCUCUUACCAAGUGGAAGGAGGAUGGAAUGAAGACGGGAAAGGUGUUAAUAUAUGGGACUCAGAAACACACAAACAUCCGGAACUCAUAUCCGACUUCUCGAACGGUGAUGUGGCCGCAGAUUCUUACCACAAGUACACCGAAGACAUCAAACUGCUCAAGGAUCUUGGGGUUCAGUUCUACAGAUUUUCCAUAUCCUGGCCACGGAUCCUCCCAAACGGACACGUGACACUUGUGAAUCAGGCUGGUAUUCACUACUACAACAACAUAAUCAAUGGGCUACUAGCAUAUGGAAUUCAGCCCAUGGUUACUAUGUACCACUGGGAUUUACCGCAAGCACUACAGAACCUCGGUGGAUGGACCAAUAUAUACAUGGUCGAAUGCUUCGAGGAUUACGCAAGACUUCUAUAUAAACUUUUCGGUGACAGAGUGCGAUGGUGGAUUACAAUAAACGAGCCUCUCAUAAUAUCCCAGGGAUAUGCUGGAGAAAAAGGACGAGCGCCAAACAUCAAUGCGCCUGGGACUGGCGACUAUCUGACGAUUAAGACUAUGGUUCUUGCUCACGCAAGAGCCUAUCGUGUCUAUCUUCGAGAGUUCAAAGAUACGCAGAAAGGUAAGGUUGGUAUCGCGCUUAACAUCAAUUGGUACGAAGCUUACGCCAACAACAGUGAGGACAUUUCAGCGGCCGAAAGAACCAUACAAUACGAGCUAGGACUGUACGCUAAUCCUAUCUUCAGCACUACCGGAGACUACCCACCGGACUUGAAAGAGAGGAUUGCCCAAAAUAGCAAAGCUGAGGGCUUCCGCAGAUCCCGUCUGCCGAGUUUCACCCAACAAGAGAUCAGUUAUAUCAGAGGUACGUGGGACUUCUUCGGUCUAAACCACUACACAACUGUGUGGGCUCUGGCUGCUCUAAGGGAACCAGUUGAUUUGCGAAUGAAAGAUUUUGGUGCUGAAAGAAUCCAAGAUCCAAGCUGCCCAAGAGGCAGUUCCAAAUGGCUCAUGACUGUUCCAUGGGGCUUCCGAAAAAUUUUGCGUUGGAUAAAACAAAAAUAUAAUAAUCCUCCGGUCUUCGUCACAGAAUGUGGUUACUCCGACGAUGGUCGUCUUCAGGAUGAGGAACGAGUCAAAUAUUAUGUCGAGUAUCUUCGUGAGAUGCUGAAGGCGAUGUAUUAUGACGGAUGUAAUGUGAUUGGCUUUACUGCCUGGACUUUGCUUGACAGCUUUGAAUGGAGAGGCGGCUAUAGGGAGAGGUUUGGGCUCUUCUAUGUUAACUUCAGUGACCCUACCAGACCACGGAUUGCCAAGGAGUCCGCAAGAGUGUACAAAGAGAUCGUCCGCACAUGGCAAGUUCCGACCCGCUACCCGCAGUACAGCUAUGACACUCAAGAAUGUAGUCCCACAAUUCCAUUGUGACAACGGCAAAUCUUAAUUCCUCAUAGUCGAUAUUCAAGAAAUUGUGCACAAUUACGGAUGGAUCCGAAAAAUAAUUUCUCUAUUUAUCUAUCCUUCCAUCCAUGGCUCUACAGCCCUUUUAUUCGACCUUGGCCUCUUUUUUAGUCUCUUAAUCCAUACACAGUCGGUAGGACUCCUAGGAUGGUGGAUCAGUCUGUUGCAAGGCCGUUACUUCCACACAGGAGGGCACAGAAAUACAGACUAAACGCACACAGACAUCCAUGCAUCGAAUGGGAUUCAAGCCCAUGAUCCCUGUUUCUGAGCGGGCGAAGACGGUUCUUGCCUUAGACCGCUCGGCAACUGUGAUCAGCAAACUAAUUGGCAGGCAUGCACCAAAAGCAUCAACAAUUCCAGAAUCUGAAAAAUAUUAGGAUGAGCAUGAGAUGUACGGGAUGUGUAGCAUGCAUUUAAUGUAAGACAAAAGUGUAUAACAUAUUAAUCCUGAAAACAUUAAAGGAUCCAUCACUUGCAAGACAUAGGCGUACACUGAGGGAUAUAAAUAAAAUUUGUUUUUAAAGUGUGGUGUUAUGAAUUUCACUCGGUUCAUCUGGCCUAGAAUAGGGAUCGGCGACGCCCUCUACUGAAGACGGUAAUGAACUUUUGGGUUCCUUAAAUACAGGGAAAUUUGUUUAAUAACUAACUAAGCCACUGUUUGCUCCUUAAGACUUAAGACUAUCUCUUUUCACUGCAGUUACUUACUUACUUAAUUACUUAGUGAGUCAGUUGUUCAGUUGUUGGCUAGUUAGCUAGAUAGUUAGUCGGUCAGUAGUUAGUAUUUAUAAUCUAUUAAAUGUUCCGUCUAUAAUACUACAAUCAAUAACAUUGAUUUACACUUGAAUCCACACAGUGGUCGUUCUGGGUAUAAAAUAUUAUUAAAAUAUUAAAAUA